AUGCGUCGAUGCUUCGCGGGGCGAGCCACCUCUCUUCACCAGCCACUUCCAUCCGCUUUCUACCAUGGCACUCGCUCUUCCUCAUUGCCCCAGAAUAGCCCAGCAGCGACCAACGUCUUUCUGGCAUCCCGUCGAAGAUCAAAUUAUGACACGUGCAGGCUCAAAGACUCAGGCGUUUCUACCUCGCAGAGUCGCGCAAGUUCGAGCUCGGUGGAUCACUACAGACCACCGGAAAAGGGCUUCAUAGCCUCUCUUCCACGGUCAUGGAUUCCAUACGCGGAGUUGUUGCGCCUUGAUAAACCUACAGGCACAUACUAUCUUUUCUUCCCCUGUCUAUAUUCCACCCUUCUUGCUGCAUCCAUGACGACUUCCACUGGCCCAUUCGAGGUUGCUGGAACUGCCGGUCUAUUUCUCGCCGGUGCCUUGAUCAUGCGAGGUGCUGGGUGUGCGAUCAACGAUCUAUGGGACCGGAAUCUGGAUCCGCACGUUGCAAGAACCAAGUUUCGACCUAUCGCGAGAGGGGCAAUCUCCCCUAGCAAAGCAGUCGCUUUUACUGGCGUUCAACUCCUGGCAGGGCUGGGUGUCUUGCUUCAAUUUCCAACCCAAUGCCUCUGGUAUGGUAUACCUAGCCUGCUUUUGGUGGCCACCUAUCCCCUCGCUAAGCGUAUCACAUACUACCCGCAAGCUGUGCUUGGCCUUACAUUCUCGUGGGGUGCGAUUAUGGGUUUUCCAGCACUGGGUAUUGACCUCCUUCACAAUACUCCUGCCCUGGAAGCAGCUGCUGCUCUCUAUUCUAGCUGUGUCGCCUGGACAAUUCUAUACGAUAUGAUAUAUGCACAUAUGGACAUAAAAGAUGAUGUAGCGGCCGGCAUCAAGUCAAUUGCUCUUCGUCACGAGAAAAAUACAAAAGCUGUCCUCGGUGCAUUGGCAGGAGUCCAAAUAUCGCUGCUUGCUGCAGCUGGCGUCGCGGCUGGUAGUGGACCUAUUUUCUUUGUCGGCAGCUGCGGCAGCGCAGCUCUUUCCCUUGCCGCGAUGAUCUGGAAAGUUCAGCUAAAGAAUGUACAGGACUGCUGGUGGUGGUUCAAAAAUGGCUGUCUCUUUACUGGCGGCGGUAUCACUGUGGGGCUACUCCUGGAAUAUAUCGCGCAAUGCACUGGCUUCUAUCAUGAAGCCACAGAGUCGCAUUGCUAA